AUUAUGCUACCAGAAGGAUAUUCCAUUCGUGAGGUGAAGGCCUCAGAUCAUCUUCCAUAUUUAGAAUCUUUGAAAGUCCUUACUACUGUUGGUGAGAUUUCAAAGUCCCAAUUUGAAGAAUUGGUUGAAUAUUGGAAAAAGAAUGAAGUAUAUCAUCCACAUGUAGUUGCUAAUGAAAAGGAUGAGGUCGUUGCCACGGGGAUGCUUUUGAUUGAACGUAAGGCUAUCCAUGAAUGUGGCUUAGUGGGUCAUAUAGAAGACAUUUCUGUCGCGGGACAUCAACAGGGUAAGAAGCUUGGAUACAAUAUGAUCUGUACAUUGGCAGAAAAGGCUAAACAAGCUGGAUGUUACAAAGUAAUCUUGGAUUGUUCACCACAUAAUGUUGAGUUUUAUGAGAAAUGUGGGUUUAAAAAUGAUGGUACUGAAAUGGUGAAACGAUUCUGA